AUGCCACUACAGGUGCUCUUAGUUCAAGACAAUAUGCUAACGACGUUACCAAAGGAGAUAAACAAAAUGUCGUCACUGGCUGAGCUGGACGCUUCCAACAAUAGGCUCACACAAGUGCCAAUGACUCUAGGGGAUUGCGCUGGUCUUAGAGCGCUCGACCUUAGCAAUAAUCAGCUGGGACUUCUUCCAUUACAAAUCACAUAUCUUCGGUUGGAGCAUCUGGAUGUUAGCUGCAACUGCAUAUCGUCGCUCCCACUAGAGCUGCGGAACAUGAAUACAUUAGUAACUCUCAAUCUGGAUAACAAUCCUCUAGUUUCACCACCUACAACAAUUUGCAUGCGCGGGCGUGUGCAUAUUUUCAAAUACCUCGAAAACAUGGCAAACAAAGACACACUGCCGCAUAGACGAGUAGAUGAAACACGACGGUCGGCCAAACACAGUUCUUUCAUCAGCAACACGCCUGCCCAGACAGCGACACAUCAAAUUAUUACUUCAGGCAACGCCACGAUAGAUUGCCUAAGGCAUAAGCCUAGGCAUGUCAUCGAUAGUGGGUACAGCACUGAUGGCGUUGACAAACGGUGGUCUAAUGAUGGUGGUGGUGAGCCAGGUGGAGGGGGCGGAAGCGGUCGCUCUACACCGAGCACGCCAUCAACAUUGUCUCCGGGAGCGGCAUUAUCAAGGGCUCAGUCUUUAUCCAGCGAGACUCCUCUGGCGCCCUUAACACCGUUGCUCUCAGGCGUCCGUAUAUCACCCGAUGGGAUGUCCAAUGGCGAUGAUAAGAGUAAAUUAGCCCAUCAACAGACCUACAGACAAUACAAAGAAGCAUUAAGACAACAGCGCCAACAAGACAUCUAUCGUCCCCGCACCGAGCAACCUUCCCCAGAACUGGAUUCAUCACCACAAUCCCAAAACCAGAGUCCUAUCCACCAAAAGUCAACUAACUCUCCAAUCAACGGUUUCAGUAACGUAUCCUCUAGUCUUUAUAAAACCGCUUCUUCAAAUUCUACCUUACAUUCUUCCUCGCCAAAUACUUCCCAAGUGCCAAACUCCCCCCUCCUCCACUCCACUCCUAGAAGGUUCCCGAACCAAACAAACACAAACGGCAACGGAAUCACAGAGAAACAGGAGGAGAACAAAAGACCCGUACAAAAAGUAGUGCCAUCUAGAAACGUAAACAAGAUGUACUCGAGUGUUAAUGGCAACGUAGACUAUAAUGGACGAGUGAACGGCCAAGCAGACGCUUACAUAAAGCCUACGUCUCCAACAAAGUCGCCGACUAACACGAUAGGGUACAACAGUUUAGGAAAGUCAAGUAUUCCCCGACAAGUGAACGGGGAUAAUGCUAGGCUACUAACAACGAGUGUGUCGUACUUAAAAGGUGCUGCGCCGAAGCCCCCAGGGAAGAUGGCUUGGAACAAAGACUCGCCGUCGGAUAAACUCAGCUUUACCAUGAAGAGAGAGUUCGAUAAACAAAAGGAAGAGUCGGAUUUGAUACAGCAGUUGCGGACGAUAAUCGAGUCCCGACUGAAGAUGUCCCUACCGGAGCAGUUGUCGUCGGUGCUGUGCGACGGGGUGGUGCUGUGCCACCUCGCCAACCACGUGCGCCCGCGCUCCGUGGCCUCCGUGCACGUGCCCUCGCCCGCACAGCCCAAGCUGACGAUGGCGAGAUGUAGAAGGAAUGUAGACAACUUCUUAGAAGCGUGUCGAAAAAUUGGCGUAGAAGAGGAGGUCCUCUGCUCGCCCGAAGACAUACUGGGAAUCCAUCAGGAGUGCGACGGAGAGCCGAGUAUCUUCCCUCUCGCUCGCACUGUGACCGCACUGCUCACACACGCCACGCCGCCCGCCCCGCCUAAGGAUAUACACACAGACCCACACUAUGAGACUAGUGACCGAUCUGAAGAGUACGCCACCGAGUACUAUGCCAGUGAGGACGCAGAUGCGUCUUUAGAAGUCAACUACUACCAAAGGCAGCUUAGGAGAUAUUCUGAAGACCGUUUUAUAAGCAACUUCAACACUUUCUCUGAAAACAACCAACACUACACUAUCGACGAGUCAGAAGAAUACCAAUUGAACUGUGAAAACAACAACACAGAUGUAUCAUUAAGCGUACACUAUUCCCCAGUCUACGGGACCAGUGAAUUAAGAAAUAGGGGACCGUAUUUCCAAAACAAUAGAAUUCAAUUCGUGACACCCAUAUGCAAGGAACACCAUAUAUUAACGAACGAAAAUUUUGAAAUUUACGACACUGAUGAAGUAGAUUUUCCUUCAGAGAUAAGACAGGAGGAGGACGUAGAACGUUACGACAGGGUUAGGCGUCGGAAAAACUUAAUCCGAGUGAACGCGUUCCAGAAACUGAUGUGUUGCGCGGCAGACGUGCUGGAGGGCAAGGGCACCGUGCAGGUGGCCAUCACCGUCACCGAGCUGCUGCGCCGCCACGCCGCGCUGCGCUGCUCGCCCCCCGCGGCCCCGCCCCCCGCGCCCCCGCACGCCGCACCCGCCCCCGCCCCCGCCGCCCCGCCCGCCCCCGCCAGCGCCACCUAG